UCAAAAAAGACAAAAGAGAUAAUUCAAAAUUUCAAAUCAAUCGGCUGAUAAACUAAAGACCAAUGGCAGAAGCUGCACCCGAGGGGAGAAGGCGUCGAACGAGGAGACACAGAGUCAUAGGGCCGGACGACGCCAUCUUGGAAGAUGGCGGCCUGAUUUCCAUGUUGACUUGCUGUUUCCGGGGAGAACCGUCAAUGCUGAGAGAUGAGAGACUGGAAGACCGAGGCGACAGCAUUCACUAUUAUGAUCAGCUUCCCGCCAGGAGACUGAAGGAUGACGACCUCAACAUCUGGCACGACCCCCAAGACCGCACGCACAUGGAGACUGAUGAGGACCUGGAACUCUACAACCUCAUCAGGCGGCGAGACGAGUGUCCUAGGGGGUCAGAUGAGUGGAGUCACCUGAACUUUGACAUUCACACCGUGCGCACGCGCAGAAGAGAGAUCAGGGACCGAUGGGUCAAGAUUCUUGAAAUGUUAGGUUUUGACGACCUGCAAGAAAUUGACAACAUCCUGACGGUGACAGCCGUUACCAAGGAAACCAUCAGUCAGGGCGCGAAAGAUCUGUUCAAUGAGCUGUCAGAGGAGUCUUCCAUAUUUGGAGUGUCCUCGACUAAGCCAGCCAGAUAUCUUUACGUUUUGGAGCGCCUGAUACACAUCGACCUCGCCCAGACAUUUGUGGAGACGGCCAAACAGCUCUACCCCAGCUCCCUGGUCGUGUCGUGUUGCCAUGGCAGAGCCACGCCCAUCCCAGGCAAACCUGUCCUCAUGGCGACGACCCCUGGCGGACACCACGUGAAAGUCAUGCGGAAAGUCCCUGGUCACCCUGUACGCGUUCAGUCGUCUUCUCCAAAGGUGCGCCAGAAAGAUCAUAAUUCUCUGAACACGUGCACAGGAGAUUAUGUUUCCAUCCCGACAAGAAAAAGGUCCGGCAGUCCCCAAACUUCAGACUAUUCCAGUGGAGAAGACAACACCCCAUGACGUCAUCAGUCAGACAGCUUUUUUUUACAGUACGCUUCUUGAUAAACAAGAGAGAACGGAGAAUACAGAACCUCUUUUUUUACGAAGUGUAAGGCAGCUUCUGUACCAGGACCAAGAUCUAGAUCGUUGUAGAUCGUUAUUAUUAGACCAACAAAUGAUGUACCACACUACUUUCAAAUGGGGGUGUCGGUCUACAGUUUUUCAUCACUUGAAAGCACAGCUACGGUGCAGAAAAUCACCAACACGGGACUCCAAGAACUACAAACGUAUCAAAAUUCAAACAAAUAUAUCUUGAAUCAUACAAAUGAACGCACGCAAACAACAAAAACAGUGCCCGUCCGUGGUGCACCUCCUUGCUGCAUGUAAGAAAAGAUCAUAGGACAGAAAAAAAGUCUUGCAAUGGACCUUUGUUACAACAGUUGAUCUCCGUUUUUUAGUAACUUUAUUUAACGUUGAAUCCCAAAAGAACAGAUGUAUAGAAAGAUUAAAUAGAUGUUUCUGAAUGAAUGACAAGUUGUUACACAAACAACUGGAUAAGGCUUAAGGAUACUGCCAGAGAUUUAGACAAAAUUUGCGGUCUUUAUUCAGUAACUGUAAAUGAAAUUACCUCCAUUUUGAACUUGCCAAUGUGGCCGCAGGUGCAACAGAUAGACAAUGGUUGCUGAUGACGAUGCCUUGUUCUAUGACCUAUUAUUGCCAACUUAAUCCAUUCGAAAGGAACAAAAUCUAUCAUUGAACUGCCAAAACAAAUACGAAGGCGUACUGAAAAUUGAAGGCGUAUUGCAAAUACAUGUAUUAUAGCUGUGAGAAUUCCAAAUGUGUUAUCGAGACCUAGUUUUAAAACUAUAUGCUGCACUAUAGAAUAUAUAUCGAGCUAGUUCUGUAAAGCGGGUCUCUCACUGUAAUCUCCAAGCAGAUCCUACGGUAGCAUAAAAUAGUAUACAAAGCUGUCAGAGGAGUGUAGCCGGACUAGGAGUGUUUUUGGCUACAUGCGGCAAAUGUACACCUCUUGGCUGACUACACUCCUUGGUCAGUUUGGUACUAUCUUAUGCCAUUGUGGGAUCUGCUUGGGAAUUACUGUAUAUCGCUCCAUUCGGUUGACAAUUAUUGCGACAACCUCUCGAAUUCUUGCCAGUUUUCCGUUGCAAUCACACUGCUGUGCGACAAACGAGUAAAUCACGUGACAUUACAAACAAAAUAGCGGCACCCGGAAUGUCAAAUCCUCCGUUUCAACCCCGAAUUAGGUGCAAGAUAACUAUUGGAAACUGUUGUUUUGCCACAGAACUAAAAUCCAAUCAAGAUUCUUCAAAAAGAGAUUUGCAGUGAUUGCGCCUGCUGGCGACUAGUUUGAACGCACACUCGAUUUUUUCCUGAGACUUAAAAAAAUCCCCCAUUUCAGGCGACCAAUUUGCGCCUGUUGGCGACGAAUUUCGUUACAUGUUGACGACUAUUAGCGGCUUUUUAAAACACUAGUCACCAACAAGCGUGUCCAAGUGAGAUACCCGCUAUGCGUUUUGACAACUUCUUUUCACAAUUCUGCAUCAUAGGACAUACAAUGUACAGUAUGUAAUUUUUUGGAAACGAAUAUAACUUUAUUCCUCUAUUUGAAAUAUUUUACACAAUUUAUAUUAUUAAGUUAACAUAUUUCCGUGCACAAAGUUUUUACAAGUAUUCUUCUGGUUCUUAUCAAUUUGAUUUGCACCGACGUCAGUGGAUAAGGGCUUUAUUCUGUGUACGGUAAAAUAGUGUGUAAUUUGUUUACUAAAUGUAUUCCUAGAUUCUACAAUAUUUUGUUGUUGUGGAAUAGACAGUAAAUGGUUCUGCUGCAGAUGCAGAAUUUUGGGUUAAAAACCAUGUGGAAAAAAUGUUGCAAUGUAUUUUUUAUGACAAUAACAUUAAUGGUAUAUCUAUGUAGUAGUGUAUGAUAUAGUCGUUGAAAGACUGCAACUUAGGAUUAAACAAUAUUGUGAAUACAGAUUUCUGUAACGCUAACUUGAAAUUUAUGCACGUGUCCUUACGCAUAUCGGAUGGACGUGUCCUUACGCAUAUCGGAACUAGUACGUGUCGCUAGUAUUGUUUUGCUCCUUAUCCUCAUACUUAUACUAUCAUAGGGAUGACAUCAUCAGCACAUCCCAAAACAGUUUAUAUGAACAGAUGUAACGCAUGGCAAAAAUGCAUAAAGGCAUUUUACGACAUUUCAGCAUCCAAGAUUUAAACUUUAUGACGCAUACUUUCUUAUUUUGCAGCACCUUUUUAGCGAAAAGACAGUGCAGUAUGGUCGCCAACAUCUUUUAAAAACGGACAAAAAUGCAAAUCAUGAAGUCAGUGCGGCCUAAGUGACAGUCGUAUAUAUACAGGGCACAA